AUGAGGCUGUUCCGCACCGUUCUCGCUCUUGGAGCGUUCGCUCUCUCCGUCCUCGCUCAGGACGGCAAAGAGAAGCAUGCGUAUCAGAGUGAUGUCGCUCGUCUCCGCAAGAUUGUCAUCAACAGCCUGUACUCCCACCGAGAUGUCUUCCUCCGUGAACUCAUUUCGAACGCCAACGAUGCUCUGGAAAAGCUCCGUCUCACUUCCCUCACGGAACCGGAAUCUCUUUCUGGCGCGGAGCAGAUGAACGUCACUAUCAAGGCUUACAAGGACUCGGACGGUGCAGGACGUCUGGUCAUCACAGACACGGGAAUUGGUAUGACACCAGAUGAGCUCACUAAGAAUCUCGGCACGCUUGCGAAGUCUGGUACCUCGGAUUUCCUGUCCAGGGCGGAGGGUGACACUACGUCGGGCACAGGCAACUUGAUUGGUGCCUUCGGUCUCGGUUUCUACAGCAGUUUCUUGGUUGCGGAUCGCGUGGAGGUCGCCUCUACUGCGGCGAAGACCUCCAAGAACCUGGAGCCGGCUCAAUACGUCUUCGCUUCUGGUGUUGACGAAAAUUCGUUUGAUAUCUACCCCGACCCUCGCGGAAAUACCCUCGGCCGCGGCACGGAGAUUACUCUGCACCUCAAGGGCGACGCCGUGGAGUACCUCGACACGAAGAUGAUCACCGACCUUGUUAACAAGCACUCUUCUUUCUCGACCUCGUUCCCCAUCUAUUUGUACACACAGAAGACCGAGUACGUCCCCGAUGAGGAGGCGGAAGCGGAAGCUGCCGCUGAGAAGGAAAAGGCCAAGACCGAGGAUGCGGACCUUGACGAAGAUGAGGCUGUCGUCGAGGAAGUUACGGAGGAGGCUCCCGAGGAGGUUAAGACGAAGGCUAUCCUCGUCGACGACUGGGUCCGUCUGAACUCUCAGCCUCCCAUUUGGACGCGCGACCCCAAGGAAAUCACUGAUGAAGAGUAUGAGAACUUCUACAUGGCGACCUACAAGGACUUCGAGAAGCCACUUGCGUGGUACCACUUCGCUGGUGACUCUGGUUCAGGCGUCUCCUUCCGUGCCAUCGUCUUCGUUCCCUCUCGUCUCGAUGAUGCCUACUGGCAAAACCCUCUUGAGAGCACGAGCAAGGACAUUCGUUUGAUGGUCAAGCGUGUAUUCAUCACGUCCGACCUCGGCGAGGACACGCUCCCCAAGUGGGCUAACUGGGUUAAGGUCGUCGUUGAUGCCGAAGACCUCCCCCUGAACGUCUCGCGUGAGACCCUCCAGUCGAAUGCCUUCCUGAAGCAGCUCCGCGGCAUCAUUAUCAAGCGCCUUCUCCAGCUGCUCGGCCGUAUUCAGACCGAAGGCGGGGAGAAGUGGGACAAGCUGCAGGAGGUCUACGGAAAUGUGUUCAAGCUCGGUGCGGUCGAGGACAUGAAGAACCGGGACAAGCUUGGGGCGCUCGUCCGUUUCCCUACGAACCAGCGCAACAGCACCUCGCUCGACGAGUACCUGGAGAACAAGAAGCAGGGCCAGAACCAGAUCUUCUACCUCGCGGACAUGGGCAAGCUCACGCACGACCUCGCGAAGAGCGUCUUCAUCGAGAAGCUCCACGCCCGCGGCUACGAGGUGCUCCUCCUGGGCGACCCGCUCGAUGAGGUGUUCAUCACGAACGUGCGCCGCUGGAAGAAGAUCGGCUUCCAGGAUGUCGCCAAGGCCGGGCUCAAGUUUGGUGACGAAAACAUUGACGAGGAGGAGAAGGCAGAGAGGGAGAUGUUCACCGAGAAGUACAAGCCGCUCAUCGAGUGGCUCCGGAAGGAGGUCCGCGGAAAGAGCUCUGCGCGCGACAUCGUCAUCUCGAACCGCCUCGUCAUCAGCUCCUGCGCCAUCGUCGCAGACGAGUCUGGCUACACUGCCAACCUCGAGAAGCUCAUCAGCUCGUCGCACGCACAGGCGAACCACAAGCACAUGUGGGAGUUCGCGAAGAAGCAGAAGGUGCUCGAGAUCAACCCGCGCUCGCCGACGAUCGAGGGCCUCCUCCGCCGCAUCGAGCAGCUCCCCACCGAGGAGGAGGAGCGCGACCUCGAGGCCGAAGAGGAGCUCCGCGAGGUCGCGUCGGUCCUCGUCGACGGCGCGCUCGUCCGCUCCGGCUUCGCCGUCACGGAUUCGAACGACUUCUUCAUGCGCGUCGACCGCAUCCUCCGCCGCUCGCUCGGCGUGUCCGAGGACGCGCCUACGGACACGAACGUCAAGCCCGCGCCGCCGGUCGACCCUGAGCUGCCGCCCGACGCGGAUGUGCCCGAGGAGGACGAGUUCCUGCGCACCGGCCGCGGCAAGAUCUCAUGGGAGGUCGAGGAGGUUGACGAGUUUGGCAACGUGGUCAAAGAGGUUCCCGUUGAGACGAAGCCUCACGACGAGCUGUGA